AGGUUUCUGUUCGAUUGUCUGUGCGCUUUGCCGUGCGUGCGUGUCGGUGCGAGCACCCGCAGCAUCAGUAACACAAAGAGCGUCGAAGAGCUGUGGAUGGGAGAUACAAGGCGCGGUGGGCAACUUCAAGACCGAUUUGCGGGCAAACAAGAUCACUUAUAAGAGAGGCGACGACAGGGCAAAUUCCAGCCGUUCAGACGCGUGUUUGGGAAGAGGAAGAAGAAGGCAGCAGAGCUGGACUUCAAUACAGCAGAGCUGAAGGCUAGCUUCUCCACAGGGGAAGUGUCUAACGGAGUCAUCUCAGAUGAUGAGGAGACCAAUCAAAAUCUGAGGGAGCUGAACCCCAUUGGGUCUCAAGCCCUCUCCCACGACAGUGUGUUUAUCCCAGAAGAAGCAGUACAGGAGCUCAGCCCAGAACAAACCAUGUCCCAGGAAAACGUCUCCGAUAAAGUCAGGAACUUGCAGCGGCAGAUAGCACAGAAUAUCAAGUUUGGCCAGAAGCACCCCUCUCUGAGGAAGAGUGAGGGAGACGAGGGCAGCUCGGAUGAAGAGGAGGUGCCCAAUAGCCCUCUGAGGGUCUUAGCCCAAGUGGAGGCUGAGCCAGUGGACACAGAGCCAAGGGGGGCCAGUCAGGACCAAGAGGCCGGUGAGAGCCAUGGAGCUCCCCAGGCUGAAGUCCCCAGCACUCCAGUGAAAUCUUCCAGGUCCAAACAAGUUCUUCCAGCCAUCGGCACCAUUGAGUCCAUCGACCUGGAUGAAGUCUCACAGUCUGUCCCUCGGCUGGACAACACCGCUGCCAAGCAUAAGCUGUCUGUCAAACCCAAAAACCAGAGGAUCUCCCGCAAGCACCACCGGUAUACACAGGAUCUGCAAGAGGUGGAUAUCCCUGGCAUACAGCAGGAGGAGAAAGAUGCAGCAGACAGCCAACACAGGAACGCUGAGGAGGAGACACCCCCAGAGAAAACCAAGAAGCAGAAACUGCAGGAGGAGGAGAGAUGGGAGUCCAGGAGAAAGAGAGAACUGGCGGAACAGAGGCACAGAGAGGAAGAGGAAGAUAGGAAGAAGAAAGCAGAGGAGUGGCGGCUGUGUGAGUUAGAGGAGGAGCGAUGUUGCGAACAAGAGGAGGGACGUAUACUUAAAAAGGAGGAGGAAAGGGGGCAGAGAGAGGAUAUGGAGAGGAGGAUGAAAGAAGAAGAGGAGAGGAGGCAGAGAGAGGAGAUGGAGAGGAGGAUGAAAGAAGAAGAGGAGAGGAGGCAGAGAGAGGAGAUGGAGAGGAGGAGGAUGAAAGAAGAGGAGGAAAGGAUAGAGAAAGAAGAAGAAAGAAGGAUGAGAGAGGAUUUGGAGCUUAUGCAACGAGAGGAGAAGGAGAGGACACUGGAGGAAGAGGAGAAAGAGGAAGAGGAAAGGAGUAGGAAAGAAGAAGAGGAGAGGAAGCAGUGUGAACUGGAGGCAGAGUGUCUUCGUGUAGAUGAGGAAAAGAGACUAAAAGAGGCAGAAGAGGAGGAGAGAAUGACAAAGCAGGUGAAGAAAAAGAGAAAACUGCUUGCAGAGGAGGAGAGGAAGAAAAAUGAGGAGGAGGAGGAGGAGGAGAAGAGGCUGUGUGCAGAAGCGGCUGCGAGCAGCUCGGACCCUGAGAGGAAGAGGAGGGCAGAGGAGGUGCGCUGGAGAGAGAUGGAGAAGAGACAGAGGCCGUUCACCGUCAAAGGGUCCUCUGGGGAGAAGCAGAUCCUGUUCCAGAAGGUCAACCUAACGCCUGUUAUACCGGCCUCCAGUCAGCAGGGGAGCGCUGUGACUGAACACAGAGAGAGAGCCAAGGCCUCAUCGCUUGGAGGAGCUGACUCCCCCACCCUCCUGUCUUCUCAGUAUGUCCGCCACACAGCCAUCCUGGUGACAGGUUCCCAGCUAUGUGGGACUGCUGUCAACCUGGACCAUAUCAACGAAAUCGCUUGUAAGUCUCUCCUGGGUCUGGCAGAUGAAAAGAAAGCUGCCAUGGGAACCCCACCACCAACCAAGAGCAAGACCCCACCAGUACGUAAGUCUGGAAAAACCAAAUCCCUCAGUGAGUCCACAGACCAGUCCAGUGCAGCCGUUCUUGCAGAGUGGGCCAGUAUCCGCUGCAAGAUAUUUAAGGGGGCAGAGGAGGGGAAGUAUGAGGAAUACCCAGACCCCCAUAGCCAAAGCCGACCCAGCAGUGAGGACCAGAGUCCGUUCCCCCAUACCAACCUCAGGAAGACCAUGUCCGCCGGCGCCAAGUUCUCCAUCACUCCGGCCAGGAAGAAGUUUUCCGACUCCAGCAGGAACUCUGAGGUGUUGAAACCGGAAGAGAAGGAAGGAGGAAGCCCAGCCUCUGCUCUCUCCAACACCUCCUCCAGCACCUCUGUUCCCUCUGCAGCCUCACCAGCCCCAGGCAGCAAAGCCCAGAGCAGGGGUGGUAAGACCGUCCGGAUCGCAGACGGAAAAGGGGAGUGCAUGUUUGCCAAAGACCUCCCAUCGUUCAUAGUCCCCAGGUCUUCCCAGUGGUCCCCCAGACCUGAGGGGUCAGUGACAGACGCUGUGAGCCUGGGAGGAGAAUCAGAGGACUCUGACGGCCGGGAGGAAGGGAGGGAGCAGGGCCAGCCCUCUCCGUUUGGGAUCAAGCUGAGGAGGACCAACUACUCCCUCCGCUUCCACAGUGAUCAGUCGACAGAUAAGAGGAAGAAGAGGUACAGCGCCGGUGACAGCUUCAACGGUGUCCCCUCACCUCUGACCCCCAUUGACCCUGACUCUGACACCUCAGUUUUCUCUGAUAGAUCCAGCCCUGCGUCUCCAUUCAGAGAGAGCAUUCCCGGGGUAAAGCCUGGACAUAUGGUUGUAUCUCUUCCAAAGCCCCGGGCCAAGGCAGGCAAGUCUCCCACCCCUUCCAUGCACAGCGAGGAGGAGAAGCCUUCCAAACCCUCACUCUACCAAAGACCGAGCACAUCUCCUAAACCUGCCACCCCUCCCCCCUCUCCACUCCCCAAGGUGGGCAGAGGGGGUUCAAGCGAUGCAGUGGUCCAGAGGACGAGGGUGGGGGCUGAUUCAGCUGGCCAUGAGGAGCGAGAUGAGAGGAGGGAAGAAACCUCAGCUGUGGCCCAGCUCCACAGGAACGGCCAGGGACAGGGGGGUCAGAGGGAGGAGGAGCCCAAGGAGAAGAGGACCUUCUUCCCCUCCAUCAGUAUGCCCUGGAGGGAGAAGGCUGACAGGAAAACGGAGCUCAUCAGGAAAGAGGGGAAGCCAUCGCUGCAGAGCAGGCACUCGUUAGACAGCGUACGGGUCCAGGACAAGGAGGCGGGCCCUCCGUGGAUCACUCUGGCGCUGCAGAAACAAAAGGGCUUCAAAGAGCACCAGCAGAGCCGAGACGAGCGCCGCAGCAAUAGAGAGGCCAAACUGCCUGAGAAACAGGCCAAGGACAAAGACAGCUGUGUGUUGGUUAGUCCUUCAGAGGGUAAGGGGAGUGGAAACACCAGCCCUCCCAAAUCACAGACACCGGAGGAGGCCAAGAGACCAGACACCCUCCUGGGCUGCUUUGAGCGCCGGGACCACCUGAAGAAAGCCAACACUCUGCCCAGCACAGUCACAGUUGAGAUUGCAGACUCCACACCAUCGCCCCCUGCAGUGAAGGAGGUGACCAAGCGCUUCCCGUCCACUGACUCUCCCCAGGUGUCCACUGAGCCGGCCUGGUUAGCUCUGGCCAAGCGCAAGGCCAAGGCCUGGAGUGACUGCCCUCAGAUCAUCAAAUAACCUCCUCUCUAACCUCUACACUGCAUCAGUACUGUACACACACUGCCCAUGAACUAUGACCCCUGUCCCAAACCCUCCCGACCUCUCCUCUCUGCCCCUGAUCUGCCCCUGCACUCUAACCUCAACCCAAGCCUCCCCCUAUUUCACCAUAACCAUGUACUUGUAUGAUUAAAAGUGUGUUUCACAUUCAUAAUAUAAACACAGUCACACAUUUACAAACACGAACACUCAGUACAAGCAUGCACUUAUACAAACACCUGAAAACACAAAGUUUAAGAUUACCUGGCUGUAUGUUAUCAACUAUAUAAUAUCUUCCAACAAGUCAAAAGAUCCUACUGUAGCCAAUCAUGGCCACUGCUGGCCUUUGCAAUAGCCAAUCCCAACCCUUACUUCCCAACAGUAGCCAAUCAAAGCACCACGGCUGUAAAUAGAUCAUGCAUAACAUAAUACAAGAUAAAAAAGCUUAUGUAUUGAAAAGAUCAAUCCCACAGGUCUGAAAAGGGAUAUAGAUUCUUCAUUCAAGGGUACUUUGGGAACAGUGUUUUAAGGGCUACCAGUAACCAAUAAACCAACCUGACAGAUGAUCACCCAGUUGUAUCACCCUUAGAACCACAAUAUUUCUGUUACCUUAUCUCGUGGGUAUUAUUUCAAGCACUGAUUUUAACAGUGAUGAAACAAUAUAUUUGUAAUCUCUGAGCCUUGUCUGCGUUGUACAAAAGCUUCUUUUUUUAAAACUUGUAUUCAAAAGCAGUACUUAGUAUAACUAUUCUCACUGUGCCCGUGAUGACUGUGACAGCUGUCUAAGAUACUAUAUUGCAGAAAAAAAAAAGAAAAAAAAAAGAAAAAAAAAAUCCCUUAACAAAGUUGUUUGAAAAUCACCGCAGUUUGUAAAAUAACACUAAAAUCUGUCAGAAUCAAACGUCGACUGCACUGAAACACAGCACUAAAGACCAAGGUUCAAGUGGUUGAAUUGCACAGUAUUCUCACCAUUCUAAUGUGUCAUGGAUUUAGCUUUGCUAUGGAAUGAGACUACCUGCCUGCUGUAACAUCCCAUGUGCUCAAGUCACUGCUAAUGUGAUGAUCCAUAAGGCCUUUACAUGGUCCUCCAGCAUUUGGAAAGUCACAUUCUCUGAAUCCCAUCAUUGGACAAGUUAAACUAUAUCACAUCCUCUUAAUUUACCUCAGUGUGAUUUGAACCAAUCAGCCCUGCUGUGAGAACCUCUGCUGGGCUGUUUGUUGGUGACUGACAGCGUAUGGAUAUUUCUUCCAUCAUUAUCUUCCUCUCACUACUCAAUGUAAUGAUCUGUAUGUAUGGAUGUAAGUAUGGAUGUGUGUUAGAGGCGGUUUUACCAGGACAUUGGUCAGAAAAAAAGCCUGUAAGGCUCAGUCAGUCACUUUGUCAUUUAUUUCUAUUCUUUUUUUUACAUUUGGUCGUGUGCAAUAGUGUAGUAUACAAAGUGUUGUAUGUAAAAAUAAUUGGGGUAAUAAUUGCACUUUUUUGUCCCACUUAAAAAAGGUAUUCAUGAGAACAUCUUUAAAGUGAUGCAAAUGUUAUGAAUUAUAAAUUAAAUACUGAUGUCUGAA